AGCUAGAAUAUAUAGCUAACCUCGUACACAUUUAUUUGUGUGAUCAAUUAUUAUGGCUAGCCAAAAAUUUGUUCCCCCAGUUUUUGACAAUCCCUUUCUUAACAUUGAAGAAUUACCAGGUGACACAAUAGUACGUAAACCUGAACCUCUCAUACAAGCCAAUUCUGAUCCCAAUGAUACUUCCUUAGUCAUUUCUAAGGACGUAGACCUUGACAUCAAUAAAAAAACAUGGCUACGAAUAUACGUCCCACGACGAAUAAUUGCAAAUCAUGAUGACGAAAAAUUGCCUGUCAUUUUUUACUAUCACGGCGGAGGCUUUGUUUUCUUCCAUGCUAAUAGUUAUGCUUGGGAUCGUUUUUGUCAAGGACUUGCUGAGAAACUUGGUGCAAUGGUUAUCGCCCUUGAAUAUCGUCUGGCCCCUGAAAACCGUCUUCCUGCAGCUUACGAUGAUGCCAUGGACGCGUUAUAUUGGAUUAAAUCAACUCAAGAUGAAUGGAUUCGAAAUUAUUCUGAUUUGAGUAACGUCUAUCUUUUUGGAUCCAGUUCCGGUGGAAACAUGGCUUACCAUGCAGGGUUACGUGUAGCAUCUACAUCAUACAAAGAACUCGAGCCAGUUAAGAUCAAAGGGCUAAUUUUGCAUCAACCAUAUUUUAGUGGAAAAAACAAGACAGAAUCAGAAGAGAAGCUAAAGGAUGAUCAACUUUUGCCAUAUCAUGCAAUUGACAAGAUGUUCGACUUGUCUUUGCCAAAAGGGACACUAGAUCAUGAUCAUGAAUAUUCCAAUCCAUUUCUUAAUGGAGGAUCAAAGCAUUUAGAUGAUAUGGUCGCACGAGGCUGGGGGAUCCUUGUAACUGGUGUCUCUGGUGAUCCUCUAGUUGAUGCAGCGCGAAAUUUUGCUAAUUUUGUGGAAGAGAAAGGUAUAAAAACUUUCAAGCUCUUUGGAGAUGGUUACCAUGCCAUUGAGUUGAUUGAGCCAUCAAUAGCUGCAGUCUUAUUUGGUGCCACUAGGGAUUUCAUAUCUGCUACCAGAAAUUAAUAGUAUUGAGUUUGUUUUGUUUUAUUCCCUUUAAAUAAAUCGAGUGAAUUUCUUUGUGCAAAUAAAGAGAGGAGAGUACUUUAAAUUUUUGUAUUUUUCUCAGGAAAAAAAGACUAUAUUUUUG